AUGGCCGUCAAGCCAGCUUUGGUUUCCAACAACAUUAUUGAGCAGGGCAUGUUCUCGGCCUGCCUGGUCUUUUCACUAUUCGCGGUCAACUUCUUUUCCUCCGUCUUCUCACUCAUCUUGCAAGUCCUUCUCCUUGUUACCCGCUUGCCCCUCAUCUUCAUUACCAUCGCCGCCUACGGGAUACUACUGCAAUGGUUCCCAAGUGGCUCCGUUGUUAAGAAGCUUGCUUUAUUCAUACUGAUGGGUAUCUCCGGCACGUGGUGGACGGACCUACAAAUCGAUGGCGUUAGACGUGGCUCGGUAGCCCAACAGCCAUCCUGGCGCCUGCCUCAAGGCGGCUCCGUCAUCGUGUCAUCGGCAACUUCUCCUAUCGACGCUGUGUACCUUGCUGCGGCCUUCGAUCCUAUCUUUACUACAUCUUGUCCUGGGACGCGCAAAGUGCGCCGGCUGGGUUUGCUUCAGGCAAUCUUACGCGGGUUUCGGCGAAUCGGGGAUAAUCCUCUUGGAGACGCUGCCCUUGGGGAGCUGGAGAUCUUGCUUGUGGAACACGCAGCGCGAGUCAUUGUGGUGUUCCUGGACUGCCCAAAGACGAACAACAAGGGCCUAUUGCCCCGCUUAUCAAGCCUAGUCGCCGUUCCCCCUUCCACAAAUGCCUUCCGAGUCAGCAUCCGGUACACGCCGCCGGACGUGACAACACCGGACCAUGGCGGGUGCCUGGCAAUCCUCUGGGACGUGCUCUCCAGUCCUCUGCACCUUAUCCGAGUGCAUAUCGCCGACGACGUGAAUGUCCACACCGCUUUGUCACAGUCACACAAGACGAACAGCGAGCCUGCCAAUUUGUUCGUCUUCCAAGGCCCGGUUCUUCCGCAGGAGCUCCUGGACGACCCUCUCGCGGCUGCCCUUGCCCUUGAGCACCGCAAUCUCUCGCUCGAGUCUCCCGAUGUGUUCCUUUGUCUUCGUCCGCCUAGCUCGUUGGACCUUCCUGUCGUUGGCUCUCUUGCGCUCCAGUUGCGGCGAAUUCACCUUGGUGACUCUCUUCGUGCCUUCUCAAUGGUUUAGCUACUUCUAUUGCUUCCACCCGAACCCGAUUCAUGCUCCUGGGCAAUCCUAGGGCCUAUAGACCGUGACUUGCCCUUACUAAGGUCGAGGCGCUGAGUAGACCCCAGAGACGAGGACUGAGCUCGAGUGGGAUGCUCGUAUCUGUGCGGAUGUCCCUCCUUUACCACGUACG